AUGAAAGAUCUGAAUUGCUUCGACACAUCUGGCGUGGAGCCACCUCCUGCGGACCUGUCCUCCCUCCAGGACCUUGCGACCUGGCUGGAUGAAUCCGCAGAGCGCUUUGGCAGUGCCGAGCCGUCGGGUGUGGAGGAAGAGACGCAAGCUGAGAAUGAGCCUCAAGCGGACUCCCUGCCGGAAGAGGACAGCUCAUUGCUGGAGGCAUCUGCAAGCCAGAUUGUGGAAGCCAGCAGCGAAACUUCCGAGCUCGUUGCAGCCCUCAGAGCUGAACGACACGGCCUGGUGUCACGGUGUCGCUGCAUUGCAGCCUGGACAUAUGCCCGGCUAGAGACCAUGCACCAGCAACAUGAGGAGGUCUUUGCUCGAAUGGACGAUUGGAUCAAGGACCGUGUCAAGGAGGAGAACGAAGCAAUCAAGGCGACAGACACCUUGCUUCGCUCCGGAAGGUGGGAGGACGAGGAGCCAGUCUUCAUGACAACGAGAAGCAUGCGUAGAUCCCAGACCGCUACGAUGAAGCCUGCGCUGACCGGAGCAGCUGGCAAAAGACGCCGAGAUGUCCUCAAGGUCAUCAUCGCGAAAACAUUGGACGUGGAUGUGUACAUUCCUCAGAAGCUCGAGGUGUCGGAAGCAGCGGUGCCGGUGCCAACCAGACCCUCAACAUCAAAUUCUCAAGUCGCUGUGGGAUCCCGGCCGUCUACCACAAAGCCCUUACGGCCAGUGUUCCCCGAGAGGUGGUCCCAGGACAUGCUCUGGGGUCUUCUCACAAGACUGGCAGAUCUGAGUGGGGCCGUCUGUUCGGCUGAGCAGCUGCUUCAGGCACUGCUCGAGCGCCGCCAUUGUGCCUUAGGCUUCAACAACGAGCAGGUGAUACCCGAGUCGUGGGUCAUGCGGCCAUUAGUGGUCUACAAACUUCUGUGCGACUCAAUGGUGGAACCGGCAUGGGGCGCCACUGGCGUUGACGUGACAGAGUUCCUCUUGGUGCUGUCACAUCACGAGAAUUCCGUUCCAUGGCCCACACCGGAGGCUUUAGAAGAGACGCGCUCCUUCAUUCAGUCCGAGGAGUCUCCGCUGGAUCAAGACGUGUUGGCCUCGUACCCCGAUGUUCCGAUAUCGGAGGAGUUGUUCUGCCAACUUCCUUUGUGGCCAGAGACUUGCCCGCCGGAACUUCGGAGAUGGAUCUUCCAGGUACUGGCUACCUUUGCAGAGGAGCAAGUCCGACUUCCAGCGAAGCCUUCGCGUCGACCAGAGGAUCCGAGUGAGUUCACGAUUACGGCGAGGAGGAUUUUCGGUUACUUUGGUCUGGGCCACAGCCCUGCAGAAAGCUUCAGCAGGCUUUGCAGGCUUCUGCUCCCUCGUGAAGCGCUAGCUGCUGAGGAAGAGCCUGCGCAGGUUUUAGUGAAGGAUCUGUGGAUGCUCCUUCACAGCCAGCGCAGUCGACCAUCCGGCCUUCUCGCACCUGUUCCCGACUUGGCCACCUUUUGCAACAACCUUCUGGAGGAGGCCAAAGCCGAGACGGCAGCAGCCGCCGCCCCAAAAGGGAAGGCUGCACCGAAGCCCAAGGGGAAGGCCAAGCAAGAGGUUGAGGAAGAAGUUGAACCGCCGCCGCUCCCUGAAGAAGCCACAGUGGCAUUCUCAGAAAAGGUACUUCUGCAACGCAAGACGGUUCUCCGUUCCUUCUGCAGUCACGGCGGGCUUCUCUGUCGCCGCCGUGGUCUUGAAGUGCUGUUCCCGACUGCAGGUUCCGGCUGGUCACUUGCGACGUCUUCGCAGGCCUGUCAUGCCGGCAGUUUCUUCACAUCUGCUUUGAAGCCAUAG